CGUCCCACCUCCCGUCGCAUCACAGCAAUCAAAUAUAACUUCCGCAUCAUUUAUUCAGCAGCCUUCUUCGUCGGUUCGCCAGCCACAAACGCCAACAGUUGGAUUUGCUACUUCAACUAUUCCAAACCCACCAUAUCAUUCAUCCCCACUGCAGAGUUUGCAUGAAACCAACAGGAACAUGCGUGCCAACCUACCCUUUUCAACCUAGCCUACGAAAUCACCACAGCAUGGAUCCACUAUCAACCAUAGGACUGGGGAACGAGUUUGCAAUGCUGAACAGAAGUCAGAUAGCCGCCCGCCAAGCUGUGCCGAAAGACCUACCAGAGUUCAACGGUGACCCGGAACAGUGGCCGUUGUUCAGUGCUACCUUCGACAGCACGACUCGUAUCUGUGGUUUCACUCCUGAGGAGAACAUGAUACGCUUACAGAAAUGCCUCAAAGGUAAGGCACUGGAAGCUGUAAGGUGUCAACUUCUACAUCCGGGGAACCUGGAUAAUGUCCUAGCAACGCUAAAAAUGCUGUAUGGUCGGCCAGAAAUCGUUGUACACGCACUAGUCCAAAAGAUUCAGUCUUUGCCAGCGCCAAAAUCCGACCGACUCAACACCCUCAUUGACUUUUCCAUUGCUGUGAGAAACAUGGUAGCCACAGUGCAGAAUUUCGGGUUAGAAGAGCACCUUUGCAAUAUUUCGUUGCUACAGAGUCUUGUGGACCGACUACCACCUAUGAUCCGGCUUAACUGGGCAACUCACCGCCAAGGCUUGUAUCGAGUAACUCUAACUCAAUUCAGUGAUUGGUUGUACAACCUUGCUGAAGCAGCCAGUUCGGUGACGGUUCCUCAAGUUCUCAGCUGGCCUGAUAAACAGCGCAACGUACGUAAGGACGACGGUUUUUUGAAUGCCCAUGCUGAAACUUCUGCGAAGCCAUGUGAGGAUACAGCUUCUACGACAUGGCGAAGAUGCCUUGUGUGCCAAGGAGAAUGUGAAACAGUAGAUGAAUGCCAGAAGUUCUUGGAUCUCGAUCAUGCUUCUCGUUGGAAUGCUCUACGUGAGAUCAAACUUUGUCGAUGUUGCCUUGGAAAGCAUGUCGGUCCUUGUAAGUCCACCAAGGUUUGUGGAAAAAAUGGUUGUCCGUUCAAGCAUCACCAGUUGCUGCACAAUAUUGCCAAGGACAAACGUGUUGAAGGCGCACAUGACCAAAAUGCAAUAAACAACUCGGUCAGCAGAGGUUCCACCGAACAUGCGUGUAACACUCACAGAGGAAACAACAAGUCGGUAUAUUUCCAAUACAUCCCAGUCGUCCUCCACAAUCAAGGAAAGAAAAUUAGCACAUACGCUUUUCUAGAUUGUGGAUCAUCAUUGACAUUGAUCGAAGAUGGUCUCGCUUCCGAAUUGCAGCUAAAAGGAGAAAAACAUCCAUUGUGCCUGCGUUGGACUGCCGAUACGUGCCGAUAUGAAGACUCAGCAACGAUUGUCACAUUGGAUAUUUCCGGAUCCCGCGAAACAACUGUUAAGCAUCGACUUGACGAAGUGUACACUGUCAAGGACCUGAAACUGCCGGUACAAUCGCUAUCGUUUGAAGAGUUGUCAGCCAAGUACGCGUAUCUUCAAGGGCUACCAGUUGAUUCUUACGCGAAUGCACAGCCACGCAUCCUAAUUGGCAUGAACAAUGUCCGCCUUGUACAUCCCCUGGCAGGCCGUGAAGGUAAAAAACAUGAGCCCGUAGCAGCAAGGACCAGAUUAGGAUGGAUGAUCUUUGGAGCAUGGCCCGUACAAAACGCGUUAGCUCCUGCAGCCUUCCCACACAGCUUCCACGUUUGCCACCACUCGGCCGCCAGUGAUUUAGAGCUCAAUUCAGUUGUUAAGGACUACUUUGCCUUAGACAACAUGGGAAUUGUGAGGCCGCAAAAAGCAAUGUUGUCAACAGAAGAUGAAAGGGCGAUUAGGUUGAUGCAGACGUCCACAAAACUUGAUGCCGGUAGAUACCAAACUUCGUUAUUGUGGAAAUACGAUGACGUUCGUCUUCCAAACAACAAAUCGAUGGCGUUAAGACGUCACAACUGCCUGAUGAAGCGAAUGCAACGUGAACCACUCCUAGCUGCAGCGAUUGAAUCGAAGAUGAACGACUAUUUGCAAAAGGGUUAUAUUCGUGAACUUUCGACCGAAGAGAUUCAGGAACCCAGGAGUAGAGUUUGGUAUUUGCCGAUAUUCCCUGUAUUUAACCCAAAUAAGCCGAAUAAGGUCCGCAUAGUUUGGGAUGCGGCAGCAACUGUAGGCGAAGUUUCGCUCAGUUCUGUCCUUUUAAAAGGUCCAGAUCUUCUGAACGAUUUGCCUUCCGUACUUUUUCGGUUUCGAGAAAGACCAGUCGCUGUCUCUGGACUUCUGGAGACAUCGCUGAAAUGUUUCUUCGCGUAAAAGUGGAUGAGUCUGAUCAACACUGUCAACGCAUUUUCUGGUGUCACGACGACGGUACUACUGCCGAAUACGCGGUAACGGUAAUGACCUUUGGCGCCAAGUGUUCGCCAAGCUGCGCCCAGUAUAUUAUCAACCAAAAUGCAAGCAGAUUCGAAUCGCAGUUUCCGGAAGCCGCAGAAGUUAUUCAAAAAGGUCAGUAUGUCGACGAUAUGUUGGCAAGCGUCGACAGCGAAGAAGAAGCCAUCAAGUUGGCAAAAGAUGUCCGUUUCAUACAUGAACAAGGCGGCUUCACUAUGAGAAACUGGAUAUCAAAUUCUCCAACCGUUGUCCAAGAACUUGGUGAGACAGGAUCAGCUGAAAAAAGCUUAGGCGCUGACACAGAUGCAGUUCUAGAAAAGGUUCUCGGUAUAUGGUGGGAUACUAAGACAGACACGUUCCGUUUCAAACUUUGCAUUGAACGACAUCAACAACUACUUUCUGGCGAAAAACAUCCUACAAAAAGAGACAUCCUACGUGUUAUGAUGUCAGUUUUUGAUCCUCUCGGCUUAUUGUCGCACUAUAUGGUAUAUUUGAAGCUGCUGUUCCAAGAGAUUUGGAGGGAAGGUACACAAUGGGACGAGCUGGUCGGGGAAAAACAAUUGCAAAAGUGGAAGUGUUGGCUGCGAUUACUGUCUGACGCCGAAUCAGCGCGCAUUCCGCGUUGCUAUGAUUUCUCACCUUCGCUGGGAGCCGAUAGAAUGGUAGAGCUGCAUACCUUUGUGGAUGCUAGCGAACUUGGCUAUGCAGCAGUUUGCUACUUCCGGUUCGUCGAAGGAGAUCGAAUAUCCUGCUCCUUGGUGGCUUCAAAAGCAAAAGUGGCGCCUCUGAAGUUUGUGUCAAUUCCACGCCUAGAACUCCAAGCGGCUCUUAUUGGGACUCGGCUGGCUAAAUGUGUUGAGGAAGGACACUCCAUUCAAAUUACACGACGCUAUUUUUGGACGGACGCCCGUGAUGUGAUUUUCUGGCUUAGAUCAGACCACCGGAAAUACUCCCAGUUCGUCGCUUUCCGUGUCGGAGAAAUAUUGGACACCUCCGACAUCACAGAGUGGAAUUGGAUUCAAGGAAAAGACAAUGUUGCUGAUGAGGGCACGAAGUGGGAUGGGCUACCGAGUUUCGAUGCCCAAUGCAGGUGGUUCGCUGGACCGCCUUUCUUGACAAAGCCAAUGGACGAAUGGCAAACAUCACCGUUGAAAGGAAGUACCAUGGAAGAGCUCCGUCCGAGAUUGUUACAUCACAGCGCCGAAGUAGAUGACAAGAUCUUAGAUCCUGAAAAUUACUCAAGUUGGAUCCGUUUACUGCGACACACUGCGUGGGUGCUUCGAUUCCCUGCCAAUAUUCUACGGAAAAUGAAAGGUGGACAACUGCUUCGAGGGCCGUUGACUAACGAGGAAAUGAUGAUGGCAGAAUGUAUUUUGUACAAAAGAGCUCAAGUCGAUGGUUACAUGCUGGAAAUGGAAUCGUUGAUCGGUAAGAAGAUACUUUCGAAGAGCAGCCCACUGUACAAAACCAAUCCCUACAUUGAUGACCACGGUGUGAUGCGAAUACGGAGUCGCAUCGAUGUGUGUGACUUUGCCGACAAGGACACGCAGUUUCCAAUCGUCUUACCCGCGAGGCCACCCUCUUACUAGGUUGGUACUGCAACACGUACACGAGAAAUUUCACCAUACGGGCAAUGAAACCUUUGUAAAUGAGUCUCGUCGUAAAUUUUAUAUCCCAAGAGUGCGUUCAGAAUGCGGAAAAGUUCGACGGUUAUGCCAGCACUGUAAAAUUCGUCAAGCGAAACCCGACCCUCCCAUGAUGGCCAAUCUACCAAAGGAACGACUGGCAGCAUACAUUCGUCCAUUCUCGUACGUAGGUGUGGAUUAUUUCGGCCCUUACCAUGUUAUUGUUGGUCGACGUCCUGAGAAACGGCGGGGAGUAUUAGUAACUUGCCUGACUACACGGGCAAUACACAUUGAGAUUGCGCACUCUCUAUCUACGACUUCCUGCAUAAUGGCUCUUCAGAAUUGCUUUGCCAGAAGAGGGACUCCACUUCAGAUAGUUAGUGAUCGUGGAACCAACCUAGUAGGGGCAUCGAAAGAACUCAAAGAGGCACUCAGGAAUCUCGACAGCAAUAAAAUGGUAACAGAGUUCACGAUGGCAUCAACUACAUGGAAUUUCAACCCACCCUCUUCUCCACACAUGGGAGGGGCGUGGGAGUGGUUGAUACAAUCUGUAAAACGCAUCCUCACUCAAGUGAAGCCAUCAGCACGUUUGCCUACUGAUGAAUGCCUGAGAAACUAUUUCAUUGAGAUAGAGAACGUAGUCAACAGCAGACCGUUAACACACGUUCCGUUAGAUGAUGAAUCUUCCCCUGCGUUGACUCCAAACCACUUUUUAGUGGGUUCUUCAAAUGGUUUGAAACCUCUAGUUCCAUUCGACGAUAGCGGUAUCUCUUUGUUGCAAUCGUGGAAGACGUCUCAAAUUCUGGCGAACCAGUUUUGGAAACGCUGGGUCGUUGAAUAUAUGCCAACCAUAACGCGAAGAUCCAAAUGGUUUUACCCUGUAAAACCAAUUUCAAUAGGGGACAUAGUCGUUAUAGUUGACCCCAGCUUCCCCAGAAAUUGCUGGCCAAAAGGAAGGGUCAUUGCUGUCAAACAAUCGAAAGAUGGUCAGGUGAGAUCGGCAACGGUGCAGACCACAUCAGGAGUAUACGAUAAACCAGCCGUGAAGUUGGCAGUAUUGAACAUCGGGACAAAUGGGAGUAGGCAGGACCAGUGUCCAGUUACU